AUGGUCACCACAACCAGAUUACCAAUGCAGUCCGUCUCCUCGUCUACUUGCGCCGCCGCGUUCGUCUGCAAGAGCGCGCCGUCGCUUGUCGCCAUGCGGAACAAGGGACUCGACAUGGCGCUGCACUGCACGGCGAUGGCCGGGAGCAAGGGUGUGGUGGCCUGCCUCCUGUCCAAGAUGCGCACUGCUGUCGGUGGACCGGACGAGGCGGCUGCGCUGCGGGCAAAAAACUGCCUAGGCGCCACUGCUUUGCACGGCCACAGGGGACUUGAGCAAUGGUGCAUGAAACAUCUGUACCACUACCAUCUUGCUGAACUUCCAUUCCACGGUAGGAGUGGGACGAGCAGGAGGGACACAUUGCCUGUGGUGCACCGGCUGAGUCCAUGCUCCCCUCUUGGCGCCGCACGGAUCCAACAGCUGGAGAAGCCAUCCGUGGCCGACAUCCUCCACCGCGACGCACUUCGCUUCCGCUCCCUGUUCAGAGACCACAACCACGGGUCCGCUGCACCCGCACCGACAUCACCUGGAGCUGAUGGAGGAGGGCUCUCGAUCCCCAGCAGGGGCGAUCCAAUCCAGGAGCUGCCCGGUGCGUUCGAGUACCACGUCACGGCUGGCUUUGGCACUCCGGUGCAGCAGUUCACCGUGGGAUUCGACACGACUACCACCGGUGCCACGCAGCUGCAGUGCAAGCCGUGCGCCGCCGACGAACCGUGCCACCACGCCUUUGACCCAUCCGCGUCGUCCUCCAUCGCUCAUGUCCCCUGUGGCUCGCCGGACUGCCCGUUCAAUAAAGGCUGCUCCGGACACAGCUGCACUCUCAGCGUCUCCAUCAACAACACUUUGCUCGGCAAUGCGACGUUUUUCACCGACAAGCUGACGCUGACGCCGUGGAACAUCGUGGACGACUUCAGGUUCGUGUGUCUCGAGGCCGGGUUCCGGCCGGACGACGACUCCACUGGUAUCCUCGACCUCAGCCGGAACAGCCACUCUCUGGCGUCUCGCGCCGCGCCUUCCUCGCCGGACGCGGUCGCCUUCUCCUACUGCCUGCCGUCGUACCCGAGCGACGUAGGCUUCCUCUCCCUCGGCGCCACCAAGCCGGAGCUGUUGGGACGCAAGGUGAGCUACACCCCGCUAAGGAGCAACCGCCACAACGGGAAUCUGUACGUCGUGGAGCUCGUCGGGCUGGGCCUCGGCGGCGUGGACCUCCCGGUCCCGCGCGCCGCCAUCGCCGGCGGAGGCACGAUCCUCGAGCUGCACACGACGUUCACCUACCUCAAGCCCAAGGUGUACGCGGCCCUCCGCGACGAAUUCCGCAAGUCCAUGUCGCAGUACCCUGUGGCGCCGCCGCAAGGAAGCCUGGACACGUGCUACAACUUCACCGCGUUGAGCUCCUACUCGGUGCCGGCCGUGACGCUCAAGUUCGACGGCGGGGCCGAGUUUGACCUCUGGAUCGACGAAAUGAUGUACUUCCCCGAGCCCGGGAGCUACUUCUCCGUCGGGUGCCUUGCGUUCGUUGCGCAGGAUGGUGGCGCUGUGAUCGGGAGCAUGGCGCAGAUGUCGACGGAGGUGGUGUACGACGUGCGCGGAGGGAAGGUUGGGUUUGUCCCGUACCGCUGCUGA